AUGGAUGUGCUUUGCGUGAAGCAGCACAUGAACCAACUUCUCGAUCUCUUGGGGUCGAAGAAGUUGAACCUUGCAGAUGGGGACCAGUUCCCAGAAGCUUGGGAGUUGACAGGACAAUUUCUGAAGGAGAAGCCGGUCAUGACGGAAACCGACCUCGAAAAAAUGCGCUCGCACGGAGCAGUGCUACUGCAAUUUGGUGCUUCAAAGAUCGAAGAGGACGAGGCCUUGGCAGUCACUCCACUGCAGAGAAACCUCGGCCAUGUGGAACCAUGGGUACUCAACACCAUGGCCGAUUACUUAUUGCUGGCUGUGGCGCGACAACUGACCUUGCUGAAGCCCGACGCAGUCUCUGCGAUCCAUUCUUUCAAGGAGCUGUACGAAGGCCGUUUGAUGACUGACAUCCUCCCAGAGGCCAAGCAUACAAUGUACACGGGAGGAGUGCGGGAGAUUGACCACACGAAGGCGAGUGAAGAUGCAAUGCGGAUGCAUGUGGACGAUUCGGAUCAUUGCCUGAGGGCUCCAAUUCAGCUUUUGGGGGCAUCAGAAAUGUCAUGGAAACUGACACCACGUAUGCCCAAAUCCCACCAGAUGCAGAAUUGA